UACUUUCAGACUCAAACACCAAAAUCUCAACUUUCUCUUCCCCAAUUUCGUUUGGGAGCUCUGGGAUCAUUUAGGGAUUUGAGAAUAUUGGGAAACCAAUGGAGGCAGAGGUGAUAAAAGCUGAGUUGGUAUUGCCAACGCAUAUGAUUUUCAAGAGGGUACAAACGUAUGAGAAAUACCCAAAGGGCCAAUCGAAAGUUAGGUGGAAACAGCUCAAGCAGAUCAUCCAAGCUGAAAAUUACCAGAAUUACGAUCCCGAUGAACCCAAUUAUGUUAAUAUCGAAUCACCUCCUUCGAUGCAGCCGUGUAAAAGAAUUUGUGAUAUUACAGGAUUUGAGGCACCGUACUACGAUCCAAGGACGAAUCUCCGCUAUGCAAAUGCUGAUGUUUUCAAGCUUGUGAGAUCUCUUCCAAAUGAAUACGUGCAAAGGUAUCUGGCUCUAAGGAAGGCGGCAGUUGUUUUGAGGUGAAGUUCAAAAAUUCGGAGAUGGACUUUGGUCUUUACCUAUGUGAAUCAUGAUAGAGAUUCUCAUGAUGUUUAAUCUACAAUUUGUUUGAUUGAUGGAUGUAAGGAAUACCGAACCACAUAUUAUGUUCCAUUUCGUCCUGGGAACCAAACUUCGGGUAGUUUUAGGUUAACUGUAGCAUGAGAUAAACUGGUUAAAGCUGUACUUUUAUAUGGCCUAUGAGAAAUGAGAAUGCUAUGUUGUUUGAAACUUAUUUGCUUUGAUAUCGGA